UAGACAUUCGCGCUGCCCGUCGCAGGACCUGAAGACUCGAAACAUGGCGGCCUCCAGGUGGCUCUCAGCCGCCCUCUGCACAGCUUUCAGAGGUGUACCUGCACCACUGGCCGGCUGCCAGCCUUCUCUUCUUCCCAGAAUAUGGCAAGUGAAUGUGUGUCUGCCUUUGGCUUCAGCCAGCGUCACACUGCAGCAGUACAGGCAGAGCAGCUUCUUCAACAAAUUGACUGCAGAUGAAUUAUGGAGAGGAGUCCUGGCAGAGAGUGGAGCAGGUGCCAGAAAAGGACGAGGAAAGCGAACAAAACGAAAGACGAAGAAGGACCUGAACAGGGGGAAGCCUAUCGGAGAAGGACGUGGAGGAUUCCUGUGGCCCGGCUUGAACACACCAAUUCUGAAAAGUGGCAAAAUCCAGAUUAUGUCUAAAAGGGAUGAAGUGGAACAAGAAGAACUUCAGGCUAAGAUCCUCCAACAGAGAGAUGACUGGGAGCGCCGGAAAAAGAUGAAGGUGAAGAGAGAUAGGGGAUGGACGGGAAGCUCAUGGGGUGGAAUCAGUCUCGGAGCACCUGACCCGGGUCCUAACGGAGAAACAUAUGAAGAUUUUGACUCACGGGUGAUUGAGGUGAAAAGUGUAUUUAACAUGACUGCAAAAGAAGGAAGAAAGAGAUCCAUCAGCGCCCUGGUGGCUGUGGGAAAUGGAAAUGGUUCAGCAGGAUUCGCAGUGGGAAAAGCGUCCGACAGAAGCACGGCCUUAAGGAAAGCCAAGAACCGAGCCAUUCAUUAUUUGUACUACAUUGAGCGGUACAACAAUCACACUAUAUAUCAUGAUGUGACGUCAACAUUCAAGAAAACAACAAUCCGAAUGAAGAAGCAAAACCCAGGUUAUGGAUUGCACUGCCACAGAGCCAUCAUUACAAUGUGCAAACUGAUUGGCGUUCAGGACAUGUAUGCCAAGGUGUCUGGCUCCACAAAUCUACUGAAUAUCACUAGAGCUUUAUUUCAAGGGCUGGGCAAGCAGGAAACACACCAGCAAUUGGCUGACAGAAAGGAGCUACAUGUUGUAGAAUUUCAGGAUGCUUACGGCUCCCUGCCAAUUGUCGUGGCUUCCCCCAAAGGUGGCGCAAGGAGUGAUCCAGAACCUGAGGAUGAAAUCCCACAUACAAAGCUGGACUGGAAUGAAGUUAAAGCUUCUCAGGGAAUGACGCGUUCUGCCUGGGCUAACCUUAAAAGAACCAUCUGGUGAUCGUUGUCACUAAAAGGUGGACUUGCGACCUCUCUGUGAAUUCUGCAUGAAAUGUCUGUACACUUCUGAUUUUUUUUUUUUCUCCAGCUUUUGCUGCUCAAUUGGAAAAUAAAUCAAACAUUUUUGUAA